UAAUUCAUCAUCUUUUUUCUUAUGGUGUUAUUGAGAAUGGUGGAUUACAGAAAACAAAAUGAAAUGGUCUCAUUUCCAGGGGAUUGGGGAUGUCCAGAUUUCAUGAGAAAGUCAAUUUUUUCUUUUGCCUUUUUUUCCCUGAUGUGUGUCCACUUCUUGAUCAUUUUGUAGUAAUUUGAAAAGGCAAGAUGGAAGAGAAGUGUGCAAUUGCAAAAGAUGUUACUGAACUAAUAGGGAAUACCCCAAUGGUAUAUCUAAACAAUGUAGUGGACGGUUGUGUAGCCCAUAUUGCUGCUAAGCUAGAGAUGAUGGAACCCUGCUCAAGUGUUAAAGACAGGAUUGGGUAUAGCAUGAUCAAUGAUGCAGAAGAGAAGGGCCUGAUUACGCCUGGGAAGACUGUCCUUAUCGAGCCUACCAGUGGCAAUACUGGAAUUGGAUUGGCAUUCAUUGCAGCAGCUAAGGGUUACAAACUUAUCCUUGUCAUGCCAAGUGUAGUGACUCUUGAGAGAAAAAUCCCUUCAUUUGAGAUGAGUUUCGUAUGUUAAUCCUAUAAGAGAAAUUGUAAUGAUGUUUCCUUCAUUUGAAAGGGUUUCUUUCUUCAUUGUCUUCACAUUUCCGACAUAUAUGCUAGACUUUCAUAUGCAUUUUGUUUUACUCAUCGUUGUAUCCUUACUAAAAUGUGUUUAUUUUUGCAUGUAGUCAUGCACAUUAGUGGAAGUUUUACUUUAUCAAUAUUAAAAUUCUCGUGUUGUAUGUAUCGACAUUAAUCAAUUAUGAAAAACAUUUAGUGAAGGAAUUUUUGCUA